CUUUUAAAGAAGACAAAGCCAAAGCUUUGAAAUUGAAAUCCCAACUCCAGAUUUCCAGCAGAAACUCUCUCUCUCUCUCUGACUCAGCCAACCAACCACCGCGCCAUGUUCGAACCACCGCCUCCUCCGCCAUCUCCGAUGGCCAUCGACGGCGCCGACCAAGACGCCGUGCUAGCAAACUCCACCGUCCUAUCCCGGAGCGAGGUCAUCGCUCGGCGCCUCCGCCGAGUGAAACAACUCGCGCGCUGCUACAGAGGCCACUACUGGGCUCUCAUGGAAGAUCUCAAGUCCAAGUACAGAGACUACUACUGGACUUACGGUAAGAGCCCCUUCAAGGACGACGACCACGGUGGCGCAAACGGCACCGUCGUUUCUGAGGAGAAAGUUAACGGCACUGCUGACCAUGCUUCCGCCGCCGCUGGGGUUGAUUUUGUUCGCUGCGCUUCCGGUGGGUGUAAGACGAAGGCCAUGGCUAUGUCUAGGUUCUGUCACGCGCAUAUAGUGUUCGAUACUAAGCAGAAACUCUAUGUUGGAUGCACUACCGUUGCCAAAAACUUGCCAACAGGUCCAUCUUUUUGUAAUAAGCCAGUAUUGACAUCCGUGGUACCUCGUUCAUGCCACCAGCAUUAUCAAUUAGGUGAAAAGUGCUUGACUCGUGCAAUAAGAAGAGCAGGUUAUAAUAUCCCAAUUAAUCGUAAGCCUAGUCUGCCGUUGCAUGUAGUGAUUCCUGAAUUUGUUCGCGAAAUUCAAAAUAAACGAAAAGUUGCACUUAAAGCAACUGUACCUAAACCUGAGACUAAAUGAAAAGCAAGAGUAAGAUGCUGAUAAUUGAAAAGGUGAUUGAUUUACUAAAGUAUAUAGGGAUGGAAGUUUCUAAUAUCUGUGAAAAAGGAUUAUGAUUUGAUAUUUUGAAGCAUCAAGUGUCAAUAAAAACUGUACUUAGAUGUCUGUAAAUGUAAGUAUUCUUGGUAUGUCCGUAAAUUUGUGUUAUGUUUUCAUGCUCA